CUCGAACUCAAACUCCAAAUUUGGUCGAGCGGACCUUGAACGGUUCGCGAAUAGUCUCCUCAUUUACGCUCCUAAUCGCUACUGGCCCCUCUCUCUCUCUCUCUCUCUCUCUCUCUCUCCUCACUCGAGUGGCGAAGGGUUUCAAAGAUAAGCGUCUCGAGUUGCUGUUGUCUCACAUUGCUUCCCGUCCUCGUCGAGCUUCUCUCUGUGGCUGUUGUGGUGUUGCUGUCGUUGCAUUUUCGUCCUUGUUCGUAUGAGCAUCUACCGUUGAGGUCAGACAAUCUCACAGUCAUACCCGCCCCUGUCAUGUUGCUUUCUCGAUUUUGGAUUGCUGAUUUGGUUGGUUUAUCUGAGUAAGAGAGGAAGAUUUGUACUAAUUAGCUGAUAAUAUAAAGUGGCUGUGUUGUCCAUGAAGUGGCUGCAGUGGUGAAGUGGCUGAUUCGCUAAUUUGUUAAUUUGCCGAUGAAGCAGCUGCAGUGGUGAUGUGGUUGAUUAAUUGAUGUGGAUGAAGUGGCUUAUCAGAAUUAUGUGUGAAAUUCGAGUAGUCCAGCUUGAACAUUAGACUUAAAUUAUCAUUUUUUAAGGGAAUCUAGAGGAGUAGCUUUUGUUGCUUAUGAGCAUAUUUAGACUUGCAAAUUCCUUCCACACCCCAAGUCUUUUAAAUCCUUCUCUUGGGGAGGAAGGAAAAAAAGAAAAAGAAAAAAAAACCUUUUAUAUCGACAAGCUACAUCACUGAUAUGAAGUUGUAAUCCCAGAUCAACUGUCAUUAAGCAUUACUGACUAAUGGCUCUUGAGUGGGUUGUUCUUGGCUAUGCUGCCGGUGCGGAGGCAAUCAUGGUCCUUCUUCUGACUCUUCCGGGCCUUGAUGGCCUCAGGAAGGGCCUCGUUGCUGUCACACGCAACCUCCUGAAGCCCUUUCUCUCGGUGGUCCCAUUCUGCCUCUUCCUGCUCAUGGACAUCUAUUGGAAGUACGAGACCCGGCCCAAGUGCGAGGGUGAGUCUUGCACUCCCUCCGAGCACCUCCGCCACCAGAAGUCCAUCAUGAAGAGCCAGAGGAACGCCCUCCUCAUCGUUGCCGCCCUCGUCUUCUACUGGCUCCUCUAUUCUGUCACUCAUCUGGUCGUCAGGAUCGAGCAGCUCAACCAGCGAGUCGAGCGGCUCAAGAGUCGCGAGUGACCUAGCCAACUCAGGCAGCAGUCUUCCAGAUCCUCCCAAAUGUGUAGUUGUUAUAGGUAUGAGCUGUCUCUGCCAGUUUUGGGUUUUCUAUGUUUUUGUUUCUUGCUUCUUGCUGUUUUUUUACGACAUUGUGAUGCUUUGGAGGAUUAACUAUGCCAAUAGUAAAAGCCAAUAUCAGAUUCCUUUGAUUCCAGCCA